AUGGGAUGCAUAAAAUCCAGAUUCCUCCGGGAAGGGGGCAAAGCUUCAAAAACAACGACCAGCGUCAACCCACAGAGCCCCUUGUAUGUGCCAGACCCUACAUCCUCGGGCAAACGGGGGCUUAAUAGUAACAACAGCAACCCACCAGGCUUUACAGAGGGUUCUGAGGAUCUCGUGGUUGCCCUGUAUGAUUAUGAGGCCAUUCACCAUGAGGACCUCAGUUUCAAGAAGGGGGACCAGAUGGUGGUUCUGGAGGAGUCUGGAGAGUGGUGGAAGGCCCGGUCCCUGGCCUCUCGAAAAGAGGGCUAUAUCCCAAGCAACUAUGUGGCCCACGUGAACUCUCUGGAGACGGAAGAGUGGUUCUUCAAGGGCAUCAGCCGGAAGGAUGCAGAGCGCCACCUGCUGGCUCCUGGCAACGUUCUGGGCUCCUUCAUGAUCCGGGACAGCGAAACCACAAAAGGGAGCUACUCUUUGUCUGUCCGAGACUUGGACCCCCAGCACAGGGAUGCAGUGAAACAUUAUAAGAUCCGGACACUGGAUAAUGGGGGCUUCUAUAUCUCCCCACGGAGCACCUUCAACACCCUGCAAGAGCUCGUGGCCCACUACAAGAAGGGGAAUGAUGGGCUAUGCCAGAAGCUGACGGUGCCCUGCGUGUCCUCUAAGCCCCAGAAGCCAUGGGAGAAAGACGCCUGGGAGAUCCCCCGAGAAUCCCUCAAGCUGGAGAAGAAACUUGGAGCUGGGCAGUUCGGGGAAGUCUGGAUGGCCACCUACAACAAGCACACCAAGGUAGCCGUGAAGACGAUGAAGCCAGGGAGCAUGUCGGUGGAGGCCUUCCUGGCAGAGGCCAACCUGAUGAAAACGCUGCAGCACGACAAGCUGGUGAAGCUGCACGCAGUGGUCACAGAGGAACCCAUUUAUAUCAUCACCGAGUACAUGGCCAAAGGAAGCCUACUGGAUUUCCUGAAAAGUGAGGAGGGCAGCAGGCAGCCCCUGCCCAAACUCAUUGACUUCUCAGCCCAGAUUGCAGAAGGUAUGGCCUUCAUCGAGCGAAGGAACUACAUUCACCGAGACCUCCGCGCUGCCAACAUCUUGGUCUCUGCAGUCCUGGUGUGCAAGAUCGCUGACUUCGGCUUAGCCCGAAUCAUCGAGGACAAUGAGUACACAGCUCGGGAAGGGGCUAAAUUCCCCAUUAAGUGGACAGCUCCAGAAGCCAUCAACUUUGGUUCUUUCACCAUCAAGUCUGAUGUCUGGUCCUUUGGCAUCCUGUUGAUGGAGAUAGUCACCUACGGCCGGAUCCCAUAUCCAGGUAUGUCCAACCCCGAGGUGAUCCGAUCCCUGGAGCGUGGUUACCGGAUGCCUCGCCCCGAGCACUGCCCUGAGGAACUCUACAACAUCAUGGUGCGCUGUUGGAAGAACCGCCCGGAGGAGAGGCCCACCUUUGAGUACAUCCAGAGCGUGCUGGAUGACUUCUACACGGCCACCGAGAGCCAGUACCAACAGCAGCCAUGAC